CUCUUCUUCUUCCUACAAAGUUCCCUCUAUAUACACUUUUAUACCACAAUGACCUCCACUGUAAAAAGACGCGAUUCACGACGAAAAAAAUCCAUUUUCAGUUUUGGCGAUGAAGAUGACGACGAUGAUCAACAUGGCUUUGUUCUUGAACCGUUAUCCAAACAAGUCGUCGAUCGUGCUGCGUUCACAGCACCUGAAUUUGAUCCCGAUCGCUUUUUAUCAAGCCGACGCCAUCUGGGUCUCGAACGACUCAAAGUUGAACUCAAUAGCCAUUUGAAAUUUCUCAAGGCUGAAUUGGUGGAGCUCAUUAACCGUGAUUAUCAGGACUUUAUUAAUCUCUCGACCAACUUGAAGGGUGUCGACAAAGCUAUUGACCAAGUAAAGAGACCCUUGCGCCGCAUGGAAUCUCAGGUUCAGGAUGUUCGCGGACAUUGUCAACAAACGAUCGAUCGAUUGGAAGAGCAGCUUGCAUACCGUGGCAAACUCCGUGAACAAAAGACAUGUUUGAAGCUUCUGUUAAAUAUUCACGAGUCGGUCACUAAGGUUGAGGAUUUGCUGGGAAUCAACAGGGAUGAUACAGCAGCAGGUGCUGUUGUUGUGGACGACACUGAUCCAGCAUUGACGGAGGAAGGUCUUGGCAAGCAAAUCGAUCGUGUAGCUAUUGAAUUCAAUCAGAUGCAGCACCUUGUUGGUCGUGGCAAGGAUUUACCGUUUAUGAAGGAAAACGAAUGGCGCAUCACACGGAUCAAAAAUACGCUGCAGAACAAGUUGUCAAAAACAUUGACAGACGCUUUGCAUGAAAUGCAACCAGGACAGACAACCAGCAGUACCAAACAGUCCUUGGUUCAGUGUUUGCGAACCUACGCACUUAUUGACCAGACACAAGUGGCGGAAUGGCUGAUACGAGAACAAUUUGUGAGACCCUUUGUGGCCAACACUGUUAAUAAGAAGGCGUUGAGUGGUCGACACAAUGGCCACGCAGUGGAUCAGCUGACUGCCAUGUAUAACAAGCUACUCUCAUUCGCGACUACAAGUCUGCAGCCUAUUCUUGAAAUCACACAAAAGACACUCAAAGGCACGUCGUACGAAGUGUUGGUCAAUUCAUUUUGGGUGGAAGUUGUGGAGCGCAUCAAUGCCGAAUGCAGCAGUAUUUAUGCGCCAGGCCAGACAAAUAUCUUUCACAAGAAUUAUUCAGCUACUGUAUCGUUUAUUUCUGGAAUCGAAGCGUUGUGUUCCAACAAAAAGUCCUUAUUGUAUCUGCGGAGCCAUCAACGUUAUGCAGAGUUCAUGAAGAGAUGGCAGCUACCAGUGUAUUUUCAACUUCGAUUCCGUGAGAUUGUAAAUGGUGUUGAAGACUUAUUGAACGAUCCAAAGGCAAGCAUUGCUACGGAUGACCUUAAUAAGCCCGGUGAUAAAGGGCUCGCAUUGGCCGCUACACGUGCAGUUUCAAACGCAAUUGAACAGUGCUGGUCCGAUCAUGUAUUUUUAUACGGUCUUUCUCAUCGUUUCUGGAAGUUGACCCUGCAGCUUCUCAGAAGAUAUAAUUUAUGGGCAUCUAAUGUACUCCAACAUCUUCUUGAAACCUCGGCUGGUACCGACAAGUCAAAUAAUAACCAAGGAGCGGAUAGCAGCAACAAGUCUGAUGCGAAACAAAACGAUGAAACUGGUGUUUUACUACGACUCGUUAUACUUUCGCAUGAUGUAGAAGGAUUGAUACACGAGUCAAAAGACUAUGCUACCAAAAUAAUUAUACCGAAGCUUCCCAAUAGCGUACAGCAAGAUUUACCAUUGAUUCGAGAAAGCAUGGAUGGAAUCCUGCAAGAAUUAGAACGAUCCACAGCGACAGAAAUACAACAUCGCAUCAUCCAUGUUAUCAGCCAGCGCUGCAUAGAAUCACUUGAACUUGUCACAGGAAUCAUUAAGCAGUAUCGACACACAAACAGACAGCCACCCACAGAACCCUCCAGUCUUAUACCCUCUCUCUUUAAUCCUUACACCACGUUUGUGAAACAGAAUGCUGCCUGGAUCGACGAAGAAAAGUCUGUAGCGUGGGGUUACAUGAUUGCUGAUGCAGUAAUAACACGGUACACUGCGGUCAUGACAGAGCAGCUUACAAAAAUGCGAAAGAUGGAAGAUUCGUUAAAGCGGUUGAAAAAGGGCAAAAAGAGCUCCCGGAUGACAUCCAGCGGCGGCCAAUCGGGUGGCAUGACGGAUGAAGACAAGAUCCAGUUGCAGUUCCUGCUGGAUGUGCGACAGCUCAAGCAUGAACUGACAGCCAUGAAGAUAGACACCGAGAAAUUCAAGCCAUACAGAAAAUUAUACGAAGUAGUCAAACCAUUUGAGCAACUGGUUGGUAAUACACUUUUGUGAAAAAAAUAAAAUAAAAUAAAAAAGCACAAAAACGAAAAUGUCGAGAGAGAGAGAGAGAGUGUGUGUGUGUGUGUGUGU